AUGAGUAAACAUGUAAAUCCAGUUAAUAGAUUAACUGAUGCUCAACAGGAAUUAACAAUGAUUCGACGUAUAGUUUCACUUAUAUCCAUUUUAGCUGCACUUGAUUUUCCUUAUUUAACAAGUAACGUUCAUCGUCAAGCGAUUCACUUAGCCCUAGACUGAUAGGAUACAUGUACGGAUGUAAUAGCAUAAAAGCCACAUUAAAAAAGUAAUACGCAAAACUGAUAAUAUGACCAGUAUAUCUUAGGCGACCAGAAAACUUAAUUUGGAGAAUUCUCACUCUAAGUAAAGAUGAUGCAUUUACAAAUUUAAUUUUUUUUAUCGUUUUUGUUUUAUUUUUUUUUCUUUUAUAAAUAUAAAUAGCGCCCAAUAAGAUUAGACAAGAAUACGAUUUUUUUAUAAUUAUAUUGGCGCUAUUUGUACGUACAAAAAUAUGAAUUAUAUUAUUCAUAAAAUCUGCGUUUUAUUAAUCAAUAUUUUAUGCUUAAAUUCGCGAAUUAAUUCUAAACUAUUAAUAAAUUAGAUAUUCAUUGAUACAACAUUGCACAAUCCUACAAUAAUCAAUAAUUUAAACAAUUUCUUUAAAUUCAUACUGCUCAUUUGGUCUGACUCUCACUAAUUAAAUGCUUUUGUAAGCCGUUUUACACCACUACCCGAAUUAUAGUUAUUCCAUUGACAUUUUACCCAUGAUUAUUAUGGGUUCGUUUACAUCACUCUUUCGAUGGUCACUUGUACCAUAGUUACCGGAACAGUUGUUUGUACCAUUGUUGCUAUAUGGUCACCUGUGCCAUAGUUACGUGGUCGUUUCUACCAAAAAAAUGACCGUUUGUGCCAUAGUUACAUGCUCAUUUGGAUCAUAGUUACCUAAUUAAUUUUAGUAAAAAAAUGGCUGUUUGUGCCAAAAAAAGGUCACUUGUGCCAAAAAACGAUCAUUUGUGCCAAAAAAAUGGUCACCUGUGCCAAAAAAUGAUCAUUUGUGCCAAAAAAAUGGUCACUUGUGCCAAAAAAGUGGUCGUUUGUGCCAUAAAAAUGGUUUUUUGUGCCAAAAAAAUGGUCGUUUAUGCCAAAAAGAUGGUCACUUGUGUCAAAAAGAUGGUUCCUUGUGCCAAAAAAAUGGUCACUUGUACCGCGUUACCGACAGACAGAAAGACACAGGUGAAUUUCGGUUUCUAGACCCUAGCCUUUCAGUCUAGGGAAUCUUUAUUUUUAUGUCAUUUUCGUAUUGCUCUUUUAUUCGCCGAUAUAUCCUUGGUAUUUGUGAUGACUGCUCUUUUGGAAAUGAUAGAACUCGUGAAAACUUCUUUAAUGAAAAGAAUAAAAUAGCCACCAAUAAAUGUUAUAUUGACAGUCACAUAAGUAAUUUAGGUCGAUCAAAAAUUUGUGACAGUAUAUAUGAAAACUUUUGUGAUAUUGUGUUUUUGUUAUUUCAACCGAAAUAAAAGAUAGAAAUAUUAAGUUGCGUAUUAAUUUGAACUUUGGCUCUUAUAAAAAUAAUCUAGUCUUCAGAUAGAUUGAUGAACAUCUCAAAUGAUUAUUAUGUUCAAUCGGUUUUUUUUUCAAUUCAAUAUUUGGUAUGCUGAAUAUUAAAUGAAUAUCACCUGUUUGUCAUUUAAUAGAAAUCUAAUGUUAGUUUAGACGAUAAACAAGGUAUUACAGUAUGUACGUGUAUAUCCUAUUGGAAAAAAAAGGCUAAUAGAAAAGAACGUCUGAAAGUACGUUCUGAAAAUGCUUUAUUACUCUUUGUAGUGGACCCUUAAGACUUUUUAUAGAUUUCUGGAACGAAAAAGAAAGUAAAGCCAUCGACACAUUAGAAGACCCGGGGUCUUCUAUUCUGUCU